GAAACAGCGGGUUUUAUAGAAACAUGUAUCACGUUUGCUUCCUGCUUCGCUCGCUUCCUCUGCUGAUUCUGCAGAAGCAGAAGGGAAACGGAACUAAGGGCCUUUGGACAUUCAGUGAAGAGGAAAAAACACUUUAACAUGUAGUUAAGGAAGGAAUUGAUGCAGUUAAUAUUUAUCAAUGAUCAAAAGAGGCGCAGUUAGGGGAUGGACAGGCAGUCGAUCCAGGUGAGCGACGAAGAGCCUGAAGUGCCGCGAGAAGAGUGCAGGAGGAGGAGGAGAAAGAAAGCCAUCACGUCGUCCUCCUGCGUCUCCAUGGACCAGAUAACCAUUGAGUUUGUGAUGCCCUCUGCGGCCCGAAGCGGGAGCGGCCCGGACAUCCUAACGCUGGACGUGGCCGGGAACUGGACUGUGGAGCAGGUGAAGGCUCAGGUGUGGAUGAAGGCGGUGACGUUAAACCUUUGCCCUGACUUCUACCAGCGCUUGUCUCCUGACCACUGCAUCCUGCUCUAUCAGAAGAAAGGAACCGUGUGUGAGAUCUACGACAAGCACCAAGUCUUCCAGACUCUGGACUGCAUUCCCUACUGGAGAGCGCUGAAGAAGGGGGUGGGCCGGAUCCAGAUGGUUACCCGCCCGCAGCUGUCUGAAGAGUCCCUGCAGUACCAGCGCUACUUGAACUGCCUGAUCGGCUACGACGUGACCGAUGUCAGCAACGUCCAUGACGACGAGCUGGAGUUCACACGCCGGAAGCUGCUGACGCCCAGACGCAUCGAGCUGUCCGACCGGGACCCCAAGCUUUACUCCAUGGACCCCUGGGUCACCCGCAAGCCGCUGCCCGAGCAUCUGCUCUCAAAGGUGAAUAAUAGUCACAUCCUGGUGGUUAUCCACAUUGGUAUGGUCAGCCAGACCAUCAAGGUCUCCAUCAAUGACACACCUUCACAGGUGUUGGCGAGCUUUUUCGCCAAAACUGCAAAUAAAAGGGUUCUGCUGGGAAUCCCUGACGACGUGUGUGAGGCGGAUUUUGUGCUGCGUGUGUGUGGCAGGGAAGAGUUUCUGUACGGAGAAAAGCCUCUCCAAAACUUCAACUGGAUUCGUCAGUGUCUCAAAAAUGGGGAGGAGAUCCACCUGCUUCUAGAGAAACCACCUGAUCCAGAACUGGAUGUGGUCCAAAAGGAGGACUGGGCUCAAGUGGACGAUUGUACCGGAGUUGCAGGAACCCACGAACAGUUGACCAUCGAUGAGAAAGAUCAUGAACGGGUGUUCACCAUCUCCAUGUGGGACUGUAACAGGAAGUUUAGGGUAAAGGUGUUGGGCAUAGACAUCCCCACCCUCCCCAAAGUCCCAGAGUUGGUGGUUUUCAUAGAAGCCAGCAUUUUUCACGGACAGCAGCUUUUAGCUCAGGAGCGGACGACCUCCAAGACCUUCAAUGAAGAGGUGCUGUGGAACUGUUGGUUGGAGUUCAACAUUAAAAUCAAGGACUUGCCUAAAGGGGCGCGACUGAACCUGCAGGUAAUCUGUGGGAAACCAACCCAGACACCAGCUUCCAAAGGAAGCUCCCACUACGACAACUCAGCAGGAACUGGCAGCGUUGAAGGAAAAACCAAGAAUCGUCUCCUGUUCUACGUCAACCUGCUGUUGGUGGACCAUCGCUCUCUACUCCGGCAAGGCGAGUUCAUCCUCCACAUGUGGAAGAUGCCGGAGAAGAGCGACGAGAGCAGCAGCAGCAUCAACGCUGACAAGCUCACCUCGGCCACCAACCCGGACAAGUCCUCCUCCAUGGCCGUCGCCAUUUUGCUGGACAAGUAUUGCUACCCUGUGGUGUUGCCCAAGAGCAGGGAUGUGGGUAGAGACUCUGGGGCUGGGGAGGAGAUGGAGGGAGGGGAGAGAGGUCAGAGAGAGAUGCCAAACCACCUGAAGAAGCAGUUUGAGGCCAUCGUGUCAACGGACCCCUUACACCCCCUCAGUCCUGAGGACAAAGAGCUGCUCUGGCACUUUCGGCAGGAGUGUAUGCGCGAUCCAAGGGCCUACCCAAAGCUGCUGGGCUCAGUCAAGUGGGGGAAACAGGAAGAUGUUCUGGCGACGCAUCGCCUCUUGGAGCGCAGUAACGCCUGGGACACAAGUGGUCUGGAUGUUGGUCUGGCCAUGCAGCUGCUGGACUGCCACUACUCCGACUCCCACGUUCGUUCGAUGGCUGUCAGAAAGCUGGAGACCCUGGAGGACGAUGACGUGCUCCGGUAUCUUCUCCAGCUCGUUCAGGCGGUCAAGUUUGAGCCCUACCACGACAGCGCUCUGGUCCGGUUCCUGCUGAAGAGAGCUCUGAGGAGUAAGAGGAUUGGCCAUUUCCUCUUCUGGUUCUUGCGGAGUGAGAUCGCUCAGUCCAUGCACUACCAGCAGAGGUACGCUGUGCUGCUGGAGGCCUACUUACGUGGCUGUGGUGAGAGCAUGCUGCAGGACUUCAGGAAGCAGGUGGAGAUGACCAUGGCUUUGCAGAAAGUCACCAGGGACAUCAAGGCCAUCGCUGCUGACAAAUAUGACGUCUCGGCGCAGGUGGUGUUUCAGUUACGUCAGAAGCUGGAGACUCUGCAGUCGUCUGGUCUCCCGGAGACUUUCAGGGUCCCCUACGACCCGGGGCUGAGAGCUGGAGCCCUGCUGAUAGAGCAGUGUAAGGUGAUGGCGUCCAAGAAGAAGCCCCUAUGGCUGCAGUUCAAAAGAGCCGACCCCACCACCCUGUCCAAAGACCCCAUAGGCAUCAUCUUCAAGGACGGCGAUGACCUCAGACAGGAUAUGCUCAUCCUGCAGAUUCUGCUGAUCAUGGAGUCAAUUUGGGAGACGGAGUGUCUGGAUCUGUGUCUGCUACCGUACGGCUGCAUCUCCACCGGCAACAAGAUCGGUAUGAUUGAGAUCGUAAAAGACGCCACCACCAUCGCCAACAUCCAGCAGAGGGUGGUCGGAAGCACGGGCGCUUUCAAAGAUGAAAUUCUGCACCAGUGGCUCCGGGACAAGUGCGUCAGCGAGGACAAGUUCCAGCAGGCUGUGGAGAGGUUUCUGUUGUCCUGUGGCGGCUACUGUGUGGCCACGUACGUCCUGGGCAUCGGGGAUCGCCAUAACGACAACAUCAUGAUCACAGAAUCAGGGAACCUCUUUCACAUCGACUUCGGUCACAUCCUGGGGAACUACAAGAGCUUCAUGGGAAUCAGUAAGGAGUGGGUUCCCUUCGUACUCACUCCGGACUUCCUGUACGUCAUGGGAACUUCAGGAAAGAAAAGCAGCCCCCACUUCCUGAAGUUCCAGGAUGUGUGCGUGAAGGCUUACCUGGCUCUUCGUCAUCACACCAACCUCCUCAUCAUCUUGUUUUCCAUGAUGCUGAUGACAGGUAUGCCCCAGCUGACCAGCAAAGAGGACAUCGAGUACAUCCGCGAGGCGCUCACCGUCGGCCGUAGUGAGGAGGAGGCGCAGCGCCACCUGCUGGACCAGAUAGAGAUCUGCAGAGAAAAGGGCUGGAUGGUUCAGGUCAACUGGUUUGUUCACCUAGUGCUGGGGAUCAAGCAGGGCGUGGAAAAACGAUCCACUUAGGACCAAAUCCAAAGAAAAAACUGCAGCUAUAGUGAUGACUUGAAAUGUCUGCAAACUCCUGACAUAAAUUUGCACUUUGUCUUUUAUUUCAGAGCAACAAAAGUAUUAGGAUCAUUUUUUUAGCCAAAUCAAAGGAAUUUAUUCUAUUUCAUAUAAAAAUGUGCCAAGAGUUUGACGUAAACAAAAACGUCAGAGUGACCAAGUCAAAGAUGGACCCUGAACUUAGACAUCAUCUUUGGGGAGUUCUCUCUACUUUUUUAAGUUAAAAUUUAAAAAAUUGAUUUUUUUUUCUUUUUUUACGUUAUGAAUCCACUAAAGAUUUCAUGAACAUUACCAGAAUUUUUAUUCCAAGAACAUUAUUGUACUUCUGUAUGAGUCGUUCGUUUCUUGUAAGAUGACUUUUUAUUGAUUUUAAUUAACAUGAAAUGUGUCAAAUCUUGCCUUUUUUUUAUAAACGUAGGCACAAAAUUGCUUUAACAUAGCGAUACUUUCUGCUCUGCUGGUGAAUCCAGCCUCAUUUGGCCUGUUUUUUUUUUUUUUUGCCACUUAACUUUUUUUGUUGUUGUUUUUUUUUAUGCAUAAAAACAGCCUCCAAGUAAAUGAAAAUGUCAUUUCUGCUGCAGGCAAAGUCUGACCAGGUCAAAGAGUUCAUUUAAAAAAAAGUUCAUUAAAAGUUUGAUUUUUAUGAGGAAAAAAUAUCGUUUAUUAAACCUCUUUAAUGGCCUCUAAAGAUAAAUAAAUGAAUAAAACAAAUGA